CACACACUCUCUCUCUCUCUCUCUCUCUCUCUCUCUCUCUUCUUCUGCUUCUUCUUCCUCUUCUUCGCCUCUUUCAAUUUCCAGAUUCCGAGUACAAUCCCUAAAUCCUCGUCUCACUGUUUCUCUCUUCUCUCUCAGAGCUAUGAAUCUUAAUUAGGGUUUUAUUUUGCAUUUUACAACAAUCAGUGUUGCAUUUCUGCUUCUGUGGAGUAGGAAGAUUCUUCAGGGCUAAAUGAGUCAUUUUCUCACUUUCUCACUACUCCUCUUCCUCCUCGGUGCCAACGCCGUCACCGAGUCGGAGCUCCGAUCUCUCCUGGAGUUCCGUAAAGGGAUCCGUGACGAGACCUCGCACCAACGAAUCUCGUGGUCCGAUACAAGCAGCCUCACUGAUCCCUCUACUUGCCCUAAUGGCUGGCCUGGUAUCUCCUGCGACCCUGAAACUGGUUCAAUCAUCGCCAUUAAUCUCGACCGUCGUGGUCUCUCCGGCGAACUCAAAUUCAGCACGCUUGUCGGUCUCACUUCUCUCCGUAACCUCUCUUUAUCCGGAAACAGCUUCUCCGGCCGGGUCGUGCCUUCGCUGGGUGGGAUUACGUCGCUUCAGCACUUAGAUCUGUCGGAUAAUGGAUUCUAUGGACCAAUCCCGGGUCGGAUCUCGGAGCUUUGGGGUUUGAAUAAUCUCAAUUUGUCUUCAAACAAGUUCGAAGGUGGGUUCCCCAGUGGGUUCCGGAACCUUCAGCAGCUAAGAUCUUUGGAUUUGCACAAGAAUGAGAUUUGGGGAGACGUUGGAGAGAUUUUCACUGAGCUGAAGAAUGUGGAGUUCGUUGAUUUGAGCUGUAACCGUUUCCAUGGCGGAUUGUCUCUAUCGGUGGACAACAUUUCUAGCAUUUCCAACACUCUCCGUCACUUGAAUUUGAGCCACAAUGCCUUAAAUGGCAAGUUUUUCAGCGCGGAGUCCAUUGCUUCGUUCAAGAACCUCGAGAUUCUUGACUUGGAGAAUAACCAGAUCAAUGGUGAGUUGCCGCAUUUUGGAUCACAGCCGAGUCUGAGAGUCUUGAAGCUUGCGCGUAACCAGUUGUUCGGUUUGGUGCCUGAAGAGUUGUUGCAGAGUUCGAUUCCACUGCAAGAGCUAGAUCUCAGUCAAAAUGGUUUUACAGGAUCAAUUAGUGAAAUCAAUUCAACAACGCUAAAUAUGUUGAAUCUUUCUUCUAACGGCCUGUCUGGGGAUCUUCCAUCGAGUUUGAAAAGUUGCUUGGCGAUAGAUCUGAGUGGGAAUACUUUCUCUGGCGACGUGUCUGUUGUUCAAAAGUGGGAAGCUACUCCAGAUUUUCUUGAUCUGAGCUCAAACAACUUGUCGGGAAACUUGCCAAACUUCACUUCUGCAUUUUCAAGAUUAAGUGUGUUGAGCAUUAGAAAUAACUCUGUCGCUGGUAGCUUGCCAUCCUUGUGGGAUGAUUCAGGGGUUUCUCAAUUUUCUGUGAUUGAUCUCAGCUCGAAUAAGUUCAGUGGCUCCAUUCCCCAGAGUUUCUUCACUUUUAAAAGCUUGAGAAGUUUGAAUCUUUCUAUGAAUAACUUGGAGGGGCCAAUUCCUUUUCGAGGUUCACGAGCAAGCGAACUUUUGGCCCUAAGUUUUUAUCCGCAGAUGGAGUUGCUUGACCUCUCAACCAAUUCUUUGACGGGUGUGCUGCCUGGCGAUAUUGGUACAAUGGAAAAAAUUAGGGUGCUAAAUCUUGCCAAUAAUAAGCUGUCCGGCGAGCUUCCAAGCGACCUCAACAAGCUUAGUGACGUUGAGUCCCUUGACUUAUCAAACAAUACUUUUAAGGGUCAAAUUCCGGCUAAGCUUUCUUCCCGGAUGGUGGGAUUCAAUGUAUCAUAUAAUGACCUAUCAGGCAUAAUUCCGGAAGAGCUGAGAAGGUACCCGCUUUCGUCAUUCUAUCCUGGUAACUCCAAGCUAAGUCUCCCAGGUGGGAUUCCAGCGGAUUCUUCUGGUGAUCUGGCUAUACCUGGGAAAAACCAUCACUCGAGGCGUAGCAUAAGAAUAGCAAUUAUUGUUGCUUCAGUUGGAGCUGCUCUUAUGAUUCUUUUUGUCUUGUUUGCCUAUCAUCGAACACAGCUCAAGGACUUUCAUGGGAGAAAUAGAUUUACAGACCAAGCCACGACUAGAGACGCCAAGUUUGGACGCUCAUCUCGUCCCUCCUUAUUCAACUUCAGCUCAAAUGCUGAGCACCCGUCAUCAUCAUUGAGCUUCUCAAACGAUCACUUGCUCACUGCAAAUUCAAGGUCGUUAUCUGGGAUACCCGGAUUUGAAGCUGAAAUAUCCGAGCAGGGUGUGCCCGCUCCUACAGCCGCUGCAAAUCCUAACCUCCUUGAUGAUUAUCCUGCAGCAUCUGGACGGAAGUCUUCUUCAGGAGGCUCCCCAUUGUCCUCCUCACCCCGUUUUAGCGAUCAGCCUGUGAUGUUAGAUGUUUACUCACCCGAUCGAUUGGCCGGAGAACUCUUCUUCUUAGACGUUUCACUAAAACUCACAGCAGAAGAAUUAUCCCGAGCUCCUGCAGAAGUUCUAGGUAGAAGCAGCCAUGGAACACUGUACAAAGCAACACUGGAUAAUGGACACAUGUUGACGGUGAAAUGGUUGAGAGUUGGACUUGUGAGGCAUAAGAAAGAUUUCGCACGGGAAGCUAAAAAAAUCGGCUCAUUAAAACAUCCAAACAUUGUCCCGUUGCGAGCAUACUAUUGGGGUCCCAGAGAACAAGAAAGACUUCUCCUCUCUGACUACCUGAGAGGAGAAAGCUUGGCUAUGCAUCUAUAUGAAACUACUCCUCGGAGGUAUUCUCCAAUGUCCUUCAGCCAAAGACUAAAAGUUGCAGUUGAAGUGGCUCAGUGUCUUCUCUACCUUCAUGAUAGAGCAAUGCCACACGGGAACUUGAAGCCAACAAACAUAAUCCUAACAAGUCCCGACAAUACUGUGCGCAUAACCGAUUAUUGUAUUCACCGUCUGAUGACUCCAUCUGGUGUAGCGGAACAGAUACUAAACAUGAGUGCACUUGGUUACUCUGCUCCUGAACUUUCCUCAGCAUCAAAACCAAUACCAACACUCAAAUCCGAUGUCUAUGCAUUUGGAGUAAUUCUCAUGGAGCUUUUGACUCGACGCAGCGCGGGUGACAUAAUCUCGGGUCAAACAGGUGCUGUAGAUCUGACUGAUUGGGUGCGGUUGUGUGAUCAAGAAGGUAGGAGAAUGGAUUGCAUAGACAGAGACAUAGCAGGUGGGGAAGAGUUCUCAAAGGCGAUGGAGGAUGCACUUGCUGUUGCAAUCAGGUGCAUUCUCUCUGUCAAUGAAAGGCCUAACAUCAGACAAGUUCUUGAUCAUCUUACUUCAAUUUCUGCCUGAGAUUUGUUUGUUUUUUAUUUAAUUUUUCUGUAAAUCUCCAUGGAUUUCCCUUCACCACAUCAUCCCAUUUUUUUCUUCUUCUUUCUUGGUUUUUAUGUUUCUCUAGUAGCUUGAUCAGAUGAUUCGGAUCCUCAGGUGUUCUCACAUUUAUUUUUUGUUGAUUAUUUUUCCACUUCCUUGUAAAGGUAGAAGAAAAUCUAAUCCCAUUGAUUCUGACAUAAACAUUUUGAGUUUGGCUCUUAAUUUUUUUAAUAUUUUCUUCUA